AUUGGUAUGUGCAAAUUUAGAGAGGAUUUAGGAUUUUGGUGAGACGCCACAAGUGUGCUUAGUUCAGUACGACAAUAUUUUAUCGGUAGUAACAGAUCCAUUCAGAGAGGAAUCAUGGUGAAGUGGACACAUUUUGUUCUGGUGUUGACGGUUUUGAGCUUGGCUAUGAUUUUUCAUAAAAUGAAACAGACCGAAGUAAUCAGUUGGAAGUUAACACCUCUCAAAAGUUCGAAACAAAUCCCUGCGAGGGACAUAUCUUCCAUGGAUGCUCCCAAAAUAUUGAAUAUGAACUUGUGGAAUGAGCUUGAAAAUGCCAUAGCGGACAAUCGAACUGAGUGCCGCCAAUAUCUGGCUUUGACGUCGGACAGCUCGUGGCUUGAUUUAAUGACGGAAUACGCCACAUUUUUGUCGUUUGUGUACCAGAAACAGUACAAAGGGUAUUUAGUGGUGAGUGAUCAAGUGCGAAAUCGGCUCAUUCAGUUCUUUCCUAAUGUCUCGUUGCCUGGCAUUUCGGAUUUGCCGUGUCAUUUCGAACCUGUUGAAGUGGUCAAAGAUAUAUCUAUGACCAACGACACGUUCGACCGCGUAACGGCCAAGUCCCGUCGAGCAGCCAACCUUGUGCUUGAGAAUCAACCAGGAAAAUUCUCCGUCAUUCUCGUUCAUCGUAAAGUGAUGCGGUACGAAUUUCAAUUUCAUGCCACAUAUGACCAAGUGGUCAAGCGAUCGCUUCAUAUUGUGGACAGGAAUAGGCCCAUGAUAUCCAAAGAUCGACCGCGUGUUUUCGUCGGAGUCCAGAUCAAACGCCUGGAUGUGAAUUCAAACGAGGAAUGGUUGAGCAGCAAGGAGUAUUACUUCAAAGCCAUGGAAAUGUUCAGGGCACGAUAUGGCCGCAAUUGUGUGUUCAUCCUUUCUUCGGAUGAUCUACUUUGGGCUCACAACUGUUUCUCGGAAUUGAGUGACGUGGUAUUCACCGACCAGAUCGCCAAGGAACACGUGCCAGCAAAAAUAUUUGAUUUCAUGGUUCUCACCCAAUGCAACCACACCAUUGUUAGCCAUGGAUCACUCGGUAUAUGGGGCGCCUUCUUAGGCGAUGGAGACGUGAUUGCCCCAGAUUCUGUGUACUUUGGUACACCCAGUCUAAUACGGACCAUCAUGGCUUCUGGCUUCUUCAGCAACUGGCAAACCAUAAUUGACCCCUCUUUCAUUUCCAAUCCGAAUAAGAUACUUGUUCAACAUUUUGAGAACCUUCUCCCAAAUAGCUUUGUUUAAAAUGCGCAAUCACUGCAUGUGAUGCUUAAAGAUCAAUGUGAGUCAGUAGAAAGUUAUAUAAUCUCGAUUGCGGGCGGAAUAAAAGGAAAUUAGUUCA